AUGAGCAUCCUGGCCAGCCUUGAUGGGCUCUCUCUGAGCCCAUCAACCCUCUUCUUGGCAGUCUUUAUUGGGCUGUUGCUCGUCGACCAGCUCAUCUUCUGGGGUAGCGGUGGGUAUUCGCUCCCACCCGGCCCCAUGCGGCUUCCUUUGAUAGGCAAUCUGCUGGACCUCCCACCCAAAGGGGAGCCAGAAUUCCAGCAUUGGCUCAAGCACAACGAGCGCUACGGUCCAAUCAGCUCCGUCCACAUCAUGGGACAGACUAUCAUCAUCAUUCACGGCAGAGACGCCGCCUGGUAUCUCUUGCAAAAGUGUUCCAAGAGUACCUCGUCGCGGCCGCACUUGGAGUUUGCCCAGAGCAUGUGCGGCUACGACAAUCUUUUGGCGUCGCAAAAGUAUGAAGACAGUAGCUUUCGCCCUCGUCGCCGGCUCGUUCACCAGCACCUCGGUACACCGGCGGCGUCGGAGCGGUACAAGGCACUUCACCAAGAGCAGGCUGGCAUAUUGAUCCAGCGGUUGCGAGAAUCGCCUGAGCAGCUGGGAGACCAUCUCAAAAGCUUCGCGUCCGCCAUCGUUCUCGAGGCAACAUAUGGAUAUACGCUCGAGUCUGUCGCUGACCCGCUUGUUACGCUUCUGCACCGCAUGAUCGACCAAGUCAAGGAGGCAUUCAUGCCCAUGGCAUGGGUCGUUGAUGUUUUGCCGGCCCUGCAGCACCUUCCUGACUGGCUGCCGGGCAUGUCUUUCAAGAAGAAAGCGCGAGAGCACAGACAGACCAUGAACGAGGUGGCCGACAUGCCCUACGCAUUCGUCCAAGAGCAGAUGCAGAAGGGCAUCCAUCGUCCAUCGUACGUCUCCAGCAUACUCGAGACCGACACCGCCAACUCGGACGACGAUCAAGGCAGCUUCGAUGCCGGGCCCCCGGUCCGCCCCACCGAGGAGAGCGACAUCAAGUAUACAGCCGCCACCAUGUACGGCGCCGGGGUCGAGACGUCCACGUCGACCCUCGAGGCCUUUGCAUUGGCCAUGGUGCUGUUCCCAGACGUGCAGCGCAAGGCGCAGCAGGAGAUUGACAGCGUCGUCGGCCCAGACCGCCUGCCGAGCCCGCAAGACCGCGCCAGGCUGCCCUACACCUCGAACGUGGUAACGGAGCUUCUCCGGUGGUGGCCCGUGCUGCCAAUGGGUGUCGUGCACACGGCCCAGGAAGACAUCAUGUACAGGGACUAUCUGAUCCCAAAGGGCGCGAUCCUGAUGCCCAUGGUAUGGUGGUUCUGCCACGAUCCGGGUAGCUAUGCAGAUCCAGCCAAGUUUGACCCGGACCGCUUCUCCAAGGCUGGCAGCAACGAGCCCGACCCGAGGGGGGUAGUUUUUGGAUUCGCUCGCCGCAUAUGCCCCGGAAGGUUCUUUGCAGAUUCCAGCCUCUUUAUGGCCAUUUCGCACAUUCUGGCGACUUUGACCAUUACAAAUGACGUGGAUGAUAAAGGUCGGCCAAAAGUGGCCGAGAUUCGUCAUACCCCGUCCGUCGCAUCUCGGCCAGUCGAGUUUCCGUUCAAGAUUGUUCCAAGGAACGCCGAGCAUACAGUGGUUUCCAAUGCUGUCUAA